AUGAGCGGUGCUCGCUGCCUCCUGGGAUUCCUGCUCCUGGCCCAAGCGGUGCUGUGUGCUGCUGCCACACGGUAUCGAGAUGUGCUGAGGGAUGGAACAACUGACCCUCUCACAUCCUACAAGAAGCUUCAAGGCUGGUCUAGUGAUCAAAAUACAUGGAACGAAAAGCUUUAUCCUUUCUGGGAAGAAGGAGAUCCCAGAUGGAAUGACUGCUGGAAAGGCGGGCGUGUGACAGUCAAAUUGGACACUGACAGCCCAGCACUGGUAGGAUCCAAUGUAUCCUUUGUUGUGACUCUCCAGUUUCCCAAGUGCCAGAAAGAAGAUAAUGACGGCAACAUAAUGUACGACAGAAACUGCACCCAGGAUCCUACAGCUUCCCUGGACCAGCAAGUGUAUGUCUACAACUGGACUGACUGGAUUGACAACUGCGGCUGGGACAACUGCACAGGCAAUCACAGCCAUAAUGUAUUCCCAGACGGGAAACAUUUCCCUUAUUAUCCUGGUUGGAGGAGAAGGAACUUUGUCUACGUGUUUCACACAUUUGGUCAGUACUACCAAACAAUUGGACGAUCUUCAGCAGCAUUUUCAGUUGACACAACAAAUAUGACUCUUGGCAAACAUGUGAUGUCAGUAUCCAUUUACAGGAGAGGACACUCCUCGUAUGUUCCAAUUGCAAGAGCAAGUGUCCCCUACACUGUAACAGACAAAAUUCCAAUAUUUGUGAGUAUGUUCCAAAAACAUGACCGCAACAUCUCGGACUCCAUUUUUAUCAAAGACUCACCAAUCACUUUUGAUGUGAAGAUCCAUGAUCCCAGCUACUAUCUUAAUAAUUCUGCCAUCUCCUACAAGUGGAACUUUGGAGAUGGAAGUGGCUUAUUUGUAGCCAGCAGUCCCACUACAUCUCACACCUAUACUCUGCAAGGAAACUUCACUUGGAACGUAACUGUCCAAGCCAUCAUACCUGUACCUUGCAGACCAGUAACACCCACUGCACCACUGCCCACCUCAGCAGUAACGGUUGCAGCAUCUUCUAAUUCAGAGUCUUCUACCAGUGUUAUGUCAAUGGAAGAUAAUCCUGAUGGAGGUUGCCAUAUUUACAGAAAUGGAUACUAUGGAACUGGCAUCUCUGUCGUAGAGGGAAUCCUUGAGGUAAAUAUUAUUCAGAUGACAAGCAUCCAGAUGACAGAAAGUCAAGCUGAAAACUCACUGGUUGACUUUGUUGUUACCUGCCAAGGGAGUCUCCCCACAGAUGUCUGCACAGUAGUUUCUGACCCCACGUGCCAGGUGUCCAAGAGUGUGGUGUGUGACCCCAUCGUAGUCACUGAUGAGUGCUUACUCACCAUCAGGAGAGCUUUUGAGGAACCUGGAACAUACUGCAUAAAUAUCACCUUGGGGGAUGACACAAGUCAAGCCCUUGCCAGUGCACUGAUUUCUGUAAAUGGAGGAUCAUCAUCAAGAACAACAGAAGGUGUCUUUAUCUUCCUUGGCUUGUUGGCAGUCUGCGCUGCUGUUGGGGCUUUUGUCCUUUACAAGAGAUACAAGCAAUACAAGCCCAUUGAUAGAAGCACAGGACAAGCAGAGAACCAGGAGGGACAAAGUACUUACUUCAGCAACUUCAAAGCAAUUUUCUUCCCUACUAGCACUGAGAGAAACCCUCUGCUGAAAAACAAACCAGGCGUUGUUUAA